GUAGUCAAAACGCAAAGCACACUAAAAAUAUCUGCGCAGAGCAGAUCUGCGCAGAGCAGCUUAUCCAAAUCCAUGGCUCUUGGCAAAACAGACACACUGGCACAAAUCUGACAAGAGUCACAGAGCCAUGGCCAUCACCCUUCACCUCCCAUCAAGCCAACCUCCACAUCAACCAGCCCUGUCCUUUCCCUCCACAAACACGCCCACCGCAGUCGUCUCCUUCGUCAGAACCUCCAAGCCCUCUCACAGACUCCAACGAAAUCAAAUCUUCCUUCCGAGAAUACCCUCCUCCUCUUUCAGAAACGGCAGCAACACCCCUUCCGGAACAGAGUGCCCUGUUCCAUUGGAGCAACAGCCCAUCAAUGAAUACCAAGACCUCUCCACUUCCUUCCCUUUUUCUUGGGCUGCGGGUGAUUUCGUCGAGUAUUGUUCGAGAUUGUUCGUGAUGGGUGCUUCUUUCGCACUCUUGGUUGGGUUGCCUGUUGCGUGGCUCGGGGCUCCAUUGCCCGAAUCGGAGCCAGCGAAGCGGGCCCUGGGUGCAGUUUCGAGUGGGAUUGUGGUGGUCACUUUGGCUGUUGUGAGGAUGUAUCUUGGUUGGGCGUACGUUGGGAAUCGCUUGCUCAGUGCCACUGUUGAAUAUGAAGAGACCGGGUGGUACGAUGGACAGAUAUGGGUGAAAACAGCAGAAAUCUUGGCUCGGGACAGGCUUCUCGGUUCAUUUUCGGUGAAGCCCGUUCUCAGCAAAUUGAAGUACACUCUCGUGACACUUGCCGUGAGCUUGUUCAUAUGCGCCUUCCUCCUCGUCAACAUCGAAGAGGGCCAGAAGGUUUCCAACAAGGAGAGCCUCGAAGCGAGCAGAGAAAGAGCCAUACCGGGAGUUUACAGAGACGAGUCUGCCCGAUCCUUUGAACCGGACGCGUUCUGCGGCGAACCCGGUAUUCCCUGAAGUGUUUGAUUGAUAAGUACCAUUUCUCUUUUCGCUAGCUUAUAAGCGGUUAGCUGAAAAGCUUGCACUACAUAACCACGGUCUCUAUUAGCAUAGAACUGUACAUUGUAGGCGCUCUGCUGGAAUUUAUACACUGUAUAUGCUGUUGCCUCCAAGUAUUAUCCCUAAAUGUAGCGAAACAAUGGAGCCGA